AUGGGAGAAAAUAGAAGCGAUAUUACGAACGAUUCAAUCGAUAUAAUGACGAAUUAUCAUUCCAAUGAUGAUAUAAUUAACGAUACGAUUCAUUUAGUGGAUAGUGUUAACUGUGUACAUGACUUAAGAUGGCAGAUUGAUGGACGAUUAAAGGAUUGUGACUCAAAAGACUUAAAAGGUUCGACAGGAGCUUUGAGCGAAUAUGGAAAUACAAAGGAUGCCGAUUGUAUGAAAUUUAAAUGCCGUUUGUGUAAGGAUACCUCUAGAAGGACAAUGGGUGUGUGGUUCCCUCUAGUGGCGGUGAUAGGAGUCCUGUUAAUGACGCUGGCUUCGUCUGACGCAGCGCCACUUAAAACACGAACUGGGAGAAGCGCUCACGAACAAAUCGAAAAACAGGCGGUGAGUUUAUUAUAA